UAGCAGCUAGUCUCCUCAUAGUCUCGAGUUAUCUCUCAUUAAGAUGAAGGUUCAUCUAUCUCUGUCGAGUGUCAAUUGUGACCUACAGAAGGAAGAUUAAGCCUGGAAAUCAAUAUAUAAAUAAAAAACAAUCGCAACGUGACUGAUUGGAAUUGAGUGACAUGCUUUUGUGGCAUUAUCAGUGAUGUUAUUUAGAUUUCUGUGUCAGUCACAGAUAAAAAAUUCUUAAUGGGAAAACCCCGUCGAUAGUUAUCAAUAUAAAGUCUGAGGAUGUGUAGGAACCAGUCACAAAUCAGUGGAAAGCCAUCAACAAUUUUGGUAACAUAAAGAGUUUGGAUUAAAUUCAAGCAAAUCAGAGUGUGAUACAUUAAGCACGGGGAUGUCAUGAAGCAUAGCUUAAGCAGCACUGCUUAAGACUACCUUCAUCUUCAAAUGUAGAUCCUGAAAACAUCAAAACAAUGACAUCAGUUCUAAAAUUUAUUGACACCAAAAUAAUUUCCUAUGAAGCUUACGUCAUAUUACUUCCUCUAAAGUUUAAAUACCCAAUGUUUAUAAAACGAAAAAAAAUCAAAACAUACCGGCAAGACCGGUAAUUUUCUAUUUUUAGACAUACACAAAUUUUAUACUGUAAAUGUAAGUGAACUACAAAGUCAAGCUUUAAAAUCUACAAUGAACUUUCUUCUUUAAUUUUCUUAUAACGGUUAUCGAUUAAAGCUUUUCCAUCACUAGCUACUCUUAGUAAAUUAUAAGUCUCGGUGAUCCUUUCCAUGUGAAUUUCUAUGAGCUUUGAAGUUUCAUUAUUUGGCUUAAAUUGACUUUUAAUUUUUAAAAUUUCGGCAACAUUCAGCUCAAAUUUAGUGUUUAAGAAGGAAUUUGAUAUUCCAGGCUCAAGGAUUGAGAGUUCUGAUAGUAAUUGAUUGCAAAGAUCCAGUUUCCUUUGGAUUUGGUCAGGAGAUAAAUCUGUGGAAUGAAAUAUUACAGUAUAUCCUAAAUUCAUGUCAAAAAAAUACAUUACCUCUAAAAAAGUAUCCAUCAACAUUCCCAUAAAGCAUACAAAGUGCAUAUUUGACAUCCAUCAUAAACACACUCGAGUCCGGCAAGAACUUUUUGUAGCUUUUUAUAAAAUUUUCACACUCAACUACCGAUCUCUUGUUUAAGUGAUCCAAACUCUUGCGAAUCUCACUCGUCAGUUGAAUUAUUUUUGCGCCUGAAACUUUAUGCUCGCACUUAAUACAUUGCCAUUCAGAUAAGUUUGUGAGUGGAUCACAAGAUGUCAGCACACCAUCUUUACAUGUGCUACAUUUAAUCGAAGAUGAAAAUGUAUUUUUUUCUGUAGCAUCUAUACAUCUUGGACAUACACAAUCGAAGCAUUUUGCUAAAUUUAUAGCUAGUCGUCUUUCAAGUGUUGUUUUUAAAGGAUGUGAGUAGCUUGUCAGAAUCAUUUCUCCUUUUUUAAUCAUCUGUGUUGCGAAAACUUUCAUUUCAUAAUUUUCAUCUACAAAAUGUUUUGUAUUUGGGAUACAUUCAUGAGCCAUCAUGGCUGUUUCAUAAUAAAUUCCACGAGCUUUGACCUUUUUGGAUGUUAGAAGAACUUCGAAGCAAUUUGUAUCUAAAAUACCUGCAAUUUCUAGAAUUUCAUUUUCCGUAAGAUCAGGAAUUUGAAGGAAAUUGAGUAUGAAUGGAACUAGAUUCGCUCGAAGUACAUCAUAAAGCUUUGUUGAUAUCCUUCGGUCAAUAUGUGAGACAAGCUUUGAGAAUUGUUGAUACCUAGAAGUAAAAGAUUCUGUAAUUAAGAUUCUUUUAAGGUAUGGUUCAAGCUUGCAAAGCACUGGAGUAAUAGAUAAAGGGAACAUAAAACUGAUUCAACAGAAUUAAAUACACAACCCAAAUUUAACAACAAUCCACUCACAUCUUGGGCUGGUUCUUUCUCAUAAAAAUCACUCUAAGCGGAACUAUGACGCAAUAACUUGAUUCUAAUUUUCCUACUUCUUUGAUUGAAGAUUUAAAAUUCUUUGAUGACAUAAGUUUGCAUUCGUCUACAUGAUAUUCUGAUGUCUCGCAGCUCUUUCCACAAAGUGGCCAUGUGCAUUUUGAGCACUUGUAAUAAUUUACAUUUAAUAGUUGAUGACAUCCUAAACACAUCACAUUCGAUAUUGUUUUAGGUCCAAUGACAAUUGGCUUUUCACGUAAAAUAAUUUCUCCAGGCUUAAUGUCACGUUUUGCUACCAUGUACCGUCCUAAAAUGUUAUUGGAUGAGAUCUGAAAUUUAGUAAAGUCUUUAAUAAUCUUUUAAUUAAUCCUUGUAUCAGGUAUUACAUCAUAGCACUUGCAAUUUGUUUUAUGUCCAUUUUUCCAGUCAGCAACUUGAUGAUCUCGUGAACAAUAAAAUACUAAAUUGCAUCCAGAGCACUUUUGCUUUGAUUCUAUACCGCAAACUGCACAGUUUUCCAUUUUAAUAAAAAUAUGACUGUGGCAAGGAACUGAAUAAAAAUAUUUUGGCUGGCUUUUAAAUGGAAAAAGAAAGAAAGAAAAGUGGUUACGCUCUCAGCAUAUAAAUCCAAAUCAUUUCUAUUGGAUGAUCUAGUUUGAAAAUAAACUAGAGUUUGAGAAUGUAUGAAGCAUUUUUAAUCUGUAGGAUGGAUUUUGAGCAUCAAUUCGUGCUAGAAUUCGAUUUAAGAGCUCAAGGAACGAUUUUGAACCUAGCCUGCUUAAAAGACUUUAUAAAAUCAAAGCUCAAACAAUUAAUGGCAAUUAAUCUCCUCUAUUUGACAUUCCUAAAGAGGGAAGUUUAUGUUGGGCUAGUUCCAACCAACCACAGAGUAUGAACUCGCAUUAGUCAUGACUUCCUAAUGGAUCCUAUAACUUUUCAACUAAGUUUUAGUUUAAAUUAUAUCAAAAUUUUUAUUUUAAAGAACUCUAAAUUCAAAUAAAGCUUACAGUUUUAAAUUAUUAACCACAACUUCUUUAUACUAAGCUUUUUGGCAAACUGGAAAUAUCACUCGGUUGAUAAUUGUUUUAAAAAAAAAUCAUUAACAAAGUCAUUGACAUUGUUUAUUGUUCCACAGAAUGUUAAUAAUCUCAAGUUUCAAAAAAAGUAGAACCAAGGUCAAUUAGCAUAUUCAAAUAUUGCACAUUAAGAUCAAUACUUAUUAGCUAUAAUCUAAAUAAUUCCACACACACCUAGUAUAUCUAGUUCCGUGCAUAUUUUUUAUUUCUGUAUGUUAAUCAGACUCAAAACAGACAUAGUGACACGUCAAGUAAAACAUCAACAUCCAUUUAUUUCCAUUUGAGCUGCUCGCAGUUCUCUCUUUAAUUUUUAAGAGGAGAAAAUUAAUUUGCUAAGAAAGCAGUCACAAGAAAAGAUUCUAUCGGAUAUGCUCAAAAGAAUAAAAAUAGAAGAACAUGCGAAAGAUUUAGUGCGAAAUGGCCAUAACUGAUAUAAAAUUAAAUUGACAUUACAGUUAUAAGUACAGAAAUUGAUGAGAAGAUUUACAUAAGUGAAUGAGAUGUGUGCAACCACAAGUUGUACGGGAUUAACCCGACAUUCAAGUAAUGAAUCUUAGCAACUUAUCAACAGAUGCUUAAUCUGUGAACCGCAAUGACUAUAGAAUAAUAAUAUUAGUAUUGGACCACUUUGGCAUUUUGUUUGAUUUAAUAUUGCUUAAAUAUUGGCUUAUAAGAUAAUCAGAUGCCGGAAUAUAAAUCCUUUUAAAAUCAAAUUUUGAAUUAAUGACUUUGGGUAAGAAUGAUUCUUACAACUUCCUUAUUUUGUCUACAAACAUUAUUAUUCUACAAACAGAUCAAUCAAGUCAUUCAUGCCAUGCAUUGAAUGUUCUCAUAUAAAUUGUCACAGUUUAUCAUCUCAUUAAUUAUUUUACAAAGCGCCUCAAUUCAUCUUAAAAAUAAAUCGAUUUUUCAAUUUAAGCGAAAAUGACUCAAUUAGAGUGACAAACAUUUUUUACCUCUUUUAUUCUGUUUUUCGGUAGGCAUCGACUUAAAUUUAGUUUCUACAUAGCUAAUGACAUUUUCGACCUCACUACAUUGUAAAGACAUUUGCAAAUUCUAUAAGAGCUUCAGUAAAGUUUGCGAGAAUUUGAGAGUUCACUUUGAAUUUGGUACUUUAAGAUUUGCUUUAAAUGUUUUAAACAAGAUACAUGCUGGAACACUAACUUAGUUCAGAAUUAAGAUAUUUUUAAAUGCUCGUCGAUUGGAACUUAGUUUAUUUACAUUAAUUCCUAAAAACACUCCCUUGGGUUCACUACGUUACCGCUGUUUAUGCUCAAUGUUUCUAAAUAUUUACUUAAUGCAUCCAUAUCUUCAUAGGAGCCACACAAAUAUUCUCUGAAACAAAAAACUUAGCAAUUCAUACCUUCGUCAAUUAAAAUACAAAGUACGAUAUUCACAGUUGCAGAUCUAGUGCCCUACUAUCAAGUCUUCCUUUAUGCUGAUGCCUUUAAUUUUAUUUGCGUGCGAUUGUUUUGAACGUUAUCCUAUAAAUAACUGUAAGAGAAGCACAAUACGUGAUAAUAAAAAGACAUGAAGGGUUAUUCAAAAAUGAUGUCAAAUUUUUUGGGAAAGAAUUAUUUUUUGAAUGAUAAAUAUGGGAUAGAGAAGAGGAGGAAAGUCUAAAAAAUUGCAUUUUCUAAAAGACGUCAUUUAUGAAUGACUACAAAGGAGAGAAAACAAUAAUUAACUAAGAGAAGCUGAACGUGCUGUUUUGUUUUAUGAAAAUGAAAGAUCUUACGAACUUUAUUUGCGCGUGGAUAUGAAGGUAUGUUUACAUACAAAAAAUAAUUGUUAUUGAGACGCUUGAUUUGACAACUUAGAGCUCAUCUCGUUUAUAAUAACCGAGUUGUCGUGCUUCCUUCAAAGCAGCAAUAAAUGAGUUUAAUAUUUCUUCACACGUCGGCUUAAUUUCUGCUGCGGGGAGAAUGAACAGUGUGGGUGUUUCUGGUGGUCCACGUAAUUCAAUCGUAUAUACUAUUGGAAUAUUAUAGUUUGAGUAAACAAAGUCCAUGCUGUCACCACUAUUUGGAUAAAUUGUCUCGAUGGAACUGCCGGUUUGGUAAAUUUUUCCGUGUGUAUUUUUUAUGGCUUCAACUGCUUUCUCACCAAUCUUUUUUAGAUCAUCAUAAUUCCUUGCCCGAUCAGUUGUAAAUCCAAAUGGAAACAUGUACAGCUGACUAAAGCUGUGUAGUGAGAAGUAAGUCUGAAUUUUGUUUUUAUUAGCAAAUUCGUCUAAGAAUAAUUUAACUGCAAGCGCCUCAGGUUCUGAGAAUGCUUUUGAACCACAAAAGUCAUAAGUACAUUUCUUUGUAGAUGAUCCAGUUCCACUCCAGUGAAUGUCAAAAUUUCUAUUGAGAUCAACACCUUUGCAUCGUCCAUAUGGCUUUGUAUUUUUACGCCACAAUCUGUCUUUUUCAAAUGUGUAUUUAUAUCCAUCAGCAUUAAGAACAGGAACAAAGUACCAGUCAAAAUUCUCUGCUAAGUCAACGACUUCUGGAUCUGAGGAAUAGGACAUAAUUUUGAAGGAAAUGUUAAAAAAUUACUGAAGAACUUCUUACCUUCGGAAUGAAUCAGCUGAUCAAUAAGAUAAGUGGCAACAGCAGGUGAAAUCCACUCUCUAGCGUGAAUGCCAGCUUCAACGAAUAUCCCAGUAUUUCCACUUUUCUUAGAUAUUUUGAGUCCUCUAAUUGGAAGUCCUUCAUAAGUCGAUCCAAGAUGUAAAGCUUCAACAAAGUCAUUUUCAGCAAUUUGCUUGUCCAUCCAACUAAAGAUAGUUUCUAAAUGGAAGUAAUGAUCCCAAUCGAAUUCUGAUGCUGGAGUAUUUUUGGACUUGACAGUGGAAUCUUCAUCAUCAAUCAGCUUUUGGAUGUUUGGUUGCUGAAAAUGAUAAGAACAUAGACAUUCAUUUAUUAAUUAAAUAGCGUUCGAGAGGAACUAAUUUAAAGUUUCAUUAUCUCAAGUGGAUGACUCUCAUACAAAACGUGACUGAUAAGAUAAGAUACUUACCAAAACUGUACAAUCCAUCCCAUUACGCUCGACUAUAUCUUGCAUUUCAUAUAUUCUGUCGAAAUGAAAGAUUAAAUUUAAUUUAAUUGUUCCUAUAAUUAUCCAACUUACUUGUGAGCAGCUACUAGGACUGUCAAAUUUUGAUCCGGCCUUAAUGCAUGUCCAUAAAAUGUAUAUGAGUCUGAUUCCUCUUCUAAUUCUUGCAAUAAAUCUACAUGAUCAGUCGUCUUUAAAGUUAAUCUUACUAAGCGAUAAUUGUCGUAUCUAGCUUUAUUUUCAUCCUGUCCGCACGACAUCACUGCCGAUAUUAGACACAAACUUAAUAAUAUUAUACUUUUAUCCAACAUUUUUGAUACAAGAAUACACACAAAAGGCGAUAAAAUAUUUUAGCAUAAACUUAUUAAUACACUUGUGGCUUCCUUGAUUUUUUUUUAUAGAACCAAUGUGUUUGACAGAGUAGGAAAAAGACUAACGAAGUUCUUGUGAUUUCUAGCUAUCUUAAAAAAAUUAUAUCAUCUUUUUCAGUUUGUAGCAAUUACUGUGCAAAAUAAGUGUAGCAAGUGUCAGCAUUUUGGCAUAAAGUCGCUAGUAAAAAUUGACCCUACCUCAUGUCACACCCUUGUCGAAAAAAUAGAAGAUCUCAUAAAGCUAGUAUUAUUCAAUAUACGGCAUUAGAGUUAUUUCCUCCUACAACAACAGUUCAAGCUAGAGAUCAUGAUGCUCCAACCCUGCCAUACACUUUUCAUUCAUUUCCAUGAAAAAGCAAUUUUUGAUAAUGCUCACAUUGUCUGUAUGAGUAAGUGACCUUCACACAUUUUUUAAAAACAUUCUAUAUUUUUCUAUGCAACAAAUUUUGCGUCUUGCAUAAAACUGUGACUUGUUUCACUCUUUUAAAAAAUUUAACAAAUUAGGUUGGUGACCUUGAAAUAAUUUUUUUGAUAUUUUCAAGAUCUACUUUUGAAUUGGGGGUGGGUUAUGUUUCUAUUGAAUGACUCUUUAGAAUGCCGUUGAAAAAUUCAGACUAUGAUUAGAGAUUAUGAGUUUAUGAUUAAGGAAGGAUUCUCAAUUUUAAAUACAACUUGAAUAAUUCAGACAAUUAAGGUUCAUAAUAUUGAGAUAUUUAAAAAGUGCGCAUCAGUUCUAUGUCCUCAACUACACUUGUACUCACUUUUCUCUGAGCAACUUUGUGCUUACUCUCAUUCUCUCGCAAACAGCUGAUAAGAUGCAUUUUGUUUAUUUAUGGAUUUAAGACCAUAUUAGAGCUUUAAAAGACAGCAAAUCUACUAAACUAAUGCUUAUUAAGUUGAAAGCUAUGAUCUGAACUGUGUUUUGACUCUAGAUAGACCUAAGUUUAGGAUUUUAGGAAAUGAAUCUUAACUGAGAGGGAAGCACUUGAUCAUGUCUCUCUCAGUUUAUUUACAUACAAAUAUUGAAUAAACUUUAUUUUGUGGUUUAACUUAUCAUUUAUCACACAACAAUUCUUUGUGAAAUUAUCAUUUUCAUCGGAAGUGAUUUCGAUUGUGUUAGGAACUUACAUUUAUUCAAAUAAAUCUACGAAUAAUAAUUAUUCCAUUGAAAUCCUUAAUUUUUGCUUUGUCAUCCUAAAUAAUAAGAAGAUCCCAUACUAUACAUCACUUAUAAAAUCAUGGAACCCAAAGCCAGAUACGAUAAUUACCGAUUAGUCAGGGUUACUUUAAAAACUGAUGAUCAUGUCAAGUUAUUUCAAGAAUUAGAAGCUGAAUCUGAUUCUUAUACAUUUUAUGGACAUGCUAGAAAAGUUGGUCAAGAUUUAACGAUCAUGGUUGCUGCUCAUAAGAUUUAUGAACUUCAAGACUUGAUUGAAAGGUAUGAUUUUGAGUGCAAAACACUUGAGUCCAACAUCCAAAAGCUGAUUGAUGAUGAAGCACUGACCAUAAAAUCUAAAGAUACUCCAGCAUCAGAGUUUGACUGGGAUCAUUACUUCCAUUUAGAAACAAUCUUUAAAUGGAUAGACAAGCAAAUUGCUGAAAAUGACUUUGUUGAAGGCUUUCAGAUCGGGUCAACUUAUGAAGGACUUCCAAUUAGAGGACUCAAAAUAUCUAAGAAAAGUGGAAAUACAGGAAUCUUUAUUGAUGCUUGCAUUCAUGCUAGAGAAUGGAUCGCUCCUGCUGUUGCCACUUAUCUUAUUGAUCAGCUGAUUCAUUCUAAAGAUCCAGAAGUUGUUGACUUAGCAGAGAAUUUUGACUGGUAUUUUGUUCCUGUGCUUAACGCUGACGGAUAUAAAUACACGUUUGAAAAAGACAGAUUGUGGCGUAAAAAUACAAAGCCAUACGGACGAUGCAAAGGUGUUGAUCUGAAUAGAAACUUUGAUGUUGAUUUCGGUGGGAUUGGUGCUUCAAUGGAUAAAGCAAGUUAUGACUUUUGUGGAUCGAAUGCUUUCUCAGAGCCUGAAGCAUUGGCUGUGAAAAAUUUCUUAGAUGAGAAUGCCAAGAAGUGUAAUAUUAAAACGUAUUACACACUUCAUAGCUUCAGUCAGUUGUACAUGUCACCUUUUGGCUGGUCAGCAGAGCCUGUAAAAAAUCAUAAAGAUUUGAAGAAAAUUGGUGAGAAGGCAAUCGAAGCAAUUGAAAAAACUCAUAGAAGAACUUAUAAAACUGGAAGUGCAAUUGAGACAAUUUAUCCUAGUAGUGGAUCAAGUCGCGACUACGUUUAUACUAAUUAUGAUAUUCCAAUUGUCUUUACAAUUGAACUUAGAGGACCGCCAGACACGCCAACUCUUUUCAUCCUUCCUGCGCGUGAAAUUAAGCCGACAUGUGAGGAAAUUUUAAAUUCAUUUAUUGCUGCUUUAAAUGAAGCUCGCCGUCUCGGUUAUUAUAAAUGCAAUUAAAUGCCUGAUUAAAUAAAAGAACCAUGAAGACGACAAAAUUUUC